AUGAGUGCUCCUAUCAAAUUAGAGAAUACCUCCCGUAGAGAUACUCUUAGAGAAAUCGAAAAGAAGUAUCAGGCGGUAUGGGCCAAAGAGAAGACCUUCGAGGUCGAGGCACCCCCAAUCGAGGAGGUUCCAAUUGAGGACACCGAUGAAGUUAGAAGAAUCCAUCCCAAGUUCUUUGCCCUUAUGGCAUAUCCUUACAUGAACGGAGUUUUGCACGCCGGGCACAGUUUCACGCUUUCCAAGCUUGAGUUCGCCGCCGGGUUCGAGAGAAUGAGAGGAAAACGGGUGUUGAUGCCCAUGGGUUUCCACUGUACUGGUAUGCCAAUCAAGGCCGCUGCCGAUAAAAUCAAGCGGGAAAUCGAGGAUUUCGGUGAGGACUUUUCAGGAUGUCCACCAGAAGACGUCGAGGAAGAAGAAGUCAAGCCCGAGAAGGCCAAGAGCGAAGAUGUGACGAAGUUUAAGGCCAAAAAGUCUAAGGCUGUUGCUAAACAAGGAAGAGGUAAGUACCAGUUUGAAAUCAUGUUGCAAUUAGGUAUCAGCAGAGAAGAGGUGGCCAAGUUUGCCGACCCUCACUACUGGUUGGAAUACUUUCCUAUUUUGACGCAGAGGGAUGUCACCAACUUUGGAGGAAGAGUCGACUGGAGACGGUCGAUGGUGACCACCGAUGCCAACUUAUACUACGAUGCGUUUGUGAGAUGGCAUGUUCAGAGAUUGAGAGACAUGAACAAAAUCAAGUUUGGAGAGAGAUAUACCAUCUACUCGGAGAAGGAUGGACAGGCUUGUUUGGACCACGAUAGACAAUCGGGAGAAGGUGUAAAUCCUCAGGAGUACACCGGGAUCAAGAUUGAAGUCACUGAGUUUGCUGAGGCUGCGCAAAAGGUGUUUGCCGACAACAGCUUCGACACCAAUGGCAAGACGGUGUAUCUUGUGGCUGCUACCUUGAGGCCCGAAACCAUGUACGGACAAACCUGUUGUUUUGUGUCACCCAAAAUCGACUAUGGUAUCUUUGAUGCUGGCAACAACCAGUACUUCAUUUGUACCGAAAGGGCCUUCAAGAACAUGUGCUACCAGAAAAUCACUCCCAAGAGAGGCUACUACAAGUCCGUGGUGGAGAUCAGUGGAAGUGCAUUGAUUGGUUCCAAAAUCGAUGCUCCUUUAGCGGAAAACAAAAACUUAAGAGUCUUACCCAUGGACACGGUUUUGGCCGCCAAGGGUACUGGGGUGGUGACCUGUGUUCCUUCCGACUCGCCAGACGAUUACAUCACCACCAAGGACUUGUUGAACAAAUCCGAGUUCUAUAACAUCGAUAAGGAAUGGGUUUGUGACAACAUUGUUCCGGUUAUCAAGACUGAGAAGUACGGUGACAAGUGUGCCGAGUACUUGGUUAAGGAGUUGAAGAUCCAGUCGCCCAAAGACUCUGUCCAAUUGGCCAAGGCCAAGGAGAUGGCGUACAAGGAAGGUUACUACAACGGUACGAUGGUUAUCGGAAAGUAUAUUGGCGAAAAAGUUGAGGUUGCGAAAAAUAAAGUCAAACAAGACUUAAUUGACCAGAAGUUGGCGUUUGUGUACAACGAACCCGAAGGAGUGGUGAUUUCUCGGUCUGGUGAUGACUGUAUUGUUUCUCUUGAGGACCAAUGGUAUAUCGACUACGGGGAAGAUUCGUGGAAGGCCGACGCCACCACCAGUUUGAACAACAUGAACACUUACUCCAAAGAGUGUUUACACGCUUUCGAAGGAGUUUUGGAUUGGUUGAAGAACUGGGCUAUCACCAGAAACUUUGGUUUGGGAACCAGAUUGCCCUGGGACGAAAGGUACUUGGUCGAGUCGUUGUCAGACUCGACGAUUUAUAUGGCAUACUACACCAUUGGCCGCUUCUUGCACACCGAUUACUACGGUAAGCAACCCGGCCAAUUUGGUAUCAAGCCCGAGCAAAUGACCUACGGAGUAUUUGACUACAUUUUCAACGGAGCUAAAACCGUCGACACCGACAUUCCGAUUGAACACUUGAACGUCAUUAGAAGAGAGUUCCAGUACUUCUACCCAGUGGACUGUAGUAUCUCCGGUAAGGACUUGGUGGCAAACCAUUUGACGUUCUCGCUCUACACACAUGUGGCUAUUUUCCCCAAGAAGUUCUGGCUUCAGGGAGUGAGAAUUAACGGGCACUUGAUGUUGAACAACGCCAAGAUGUCCAAGUCCACCGGUAACUUUAUGACCUUGUCGCAGAUAAUCGACAAGUUUGGUGCUGAUGCAUCGAGAAUCGCAUUGGCCGAUGCUGGUGACACCAUUGAGGACGCCAACUUUGACGAGUCCAAUGCCAAUGCUGCCAUCUUGAGAUUGACCACCUUGAAAGAAUGGUGUGAGGAUGUGUUAAAGAACCAGGAUAAUUUGAGAGGUGGUGAACCCAACAACUUAUUUGACGAUGCGUUUGAAAACGAGAUGAACGACUUGAUUGAAAGAACCUACGAGCUGUACAGUCAAACCAAUUACAAGGCUGCCUUGAAGACAGGUCUUUUUGAUUUCCAGGCGGCCAGAGACUACUAUAGAGACUCGGUAUCAGGUACAGUGGGCAUGAACAAGAAGUUGGUUUUGCAGUACAUUGAAAACCAGAUCUUGUUGCUUGCACCUGUGGCAUCUCAUUUCAGUGAAUACAUUUACAGAGAGGUGUUGAACCGCAGUGGCAGUAUUCAUACCGCCCGGUUCCCUCGCGCCUCCAAGCCGGUGUCGAAGCCCAUUAGCGAUGCGUUGGCGUAUGUGAGGGAAUUGACCAGAGCUGUGCGUGAAGCCGAGGUGAACGUGUUGAAGAAAAAGAAGGGUGGAAAGCCUUCUGAGGUUGACGGGUCCAAGCCCGCCAGAUUGACGUUGUUCGUGGCGUCGUCGUUCCCCGAGUGGCAGGACAGCUACAUCGACUUGGUCAGAGAAUUGUUUGAGGCCCAUACUUUGAACGAUAACAGUGUGAUCAAGCAAAAGGUUGGUAAAGACAUCAAGAGAGCCAUGCCAUUCAUCUCGAUUUUGAAGCAGAGAUUGGCAGUGGAGGACCCUAAGACCGUGUUCAACCGGGAAUUGACCUUCGACGAAAUUGACACCAUCAAGGCAGUUAUGGCCAAUAUUCAAAGGGCUCCCGUGUCUAUUGACAUUCAGGAGGUUGAGGUGAUCACCAUUGCCAGCGGCUCCAAGGUCGGCAAGAACAUUGCCACGGGCGAGGACUACGAGAUCACCAUUACCGGUAAGAUCAUCGACUCGGCCGUGCCCGGUCAACCAGGAGUAAUGAUAAAAAACAUAUAA